GUAUUAUGUAAAAAAGAAAAUUAAAGUAUCUAAAUUAAAAUUACAUAAGUGGCCCCUGGAAAAGCUGCGUAAACCCUAACUAACGAUUACGGUAAAAGUUGGUGUUCCCAUUUCCUGCUUUGCUCCAUGAGAUGUCGCCACUAUGACCGAUCUCGCUCAAUGAACUCUUAUUGAUAGAAAUGGUUUCCUAUGUUGAGCAUAGUAUGUCCCCGGAUUGAGUUUACGCCAAAACUGCAAAGGAAAAACAUUUUUUACUUUACCUGAAACGAGCAAAUCUGUAAAACUUCAUCUUGUUCAUUAGAAUUUUUAGGGCGUCCUAAACCCACCUUGCGCUUCACAGUGCGCUCAUUUACCCACUUUUUUAAAUCUUUACGACGGUACUUUUUCCCACUCUAAAUUCAGCCGCUAAAUCCAUAAUUUUCCUACCAUUUUCCAGGUGAGCGAUGAUCCUGGUUUUUUCAAUGCGGCAUUGUUGCAAGUUGGUACAAAUUUAAUGACAAUAGAAAUAGAUAUUGUUAAGUUGACAAUUGACAAUUAGAACCGAACUUACAUUUGAAAAAAUUUCAUUUUUGGAAGCUGUACGAUCUUGAAUUCUAGUUUUAUUUAGUUUAACUUAGCAACGUUAUGCAACCAGUAAUACAAAUUGUAACAAUUUUUCUCAAAUUGAAACUUAAAUUAAAUUUAACUUAGACAAAAAGUCUAAUAAUUUUAUAGUCCUUAUCAUUCAUUAAUUAGUUUUUUUUUUAAUUUAUGCAAUAUAAGCUUGGUUUAUUUUUUUUUGUUCACACUGUACUUUCAGAAGUGGAAUUUCCAAAUAUUCCAAUGAUGAUUCACUAAAUUCACUUAUCAGCUGCGUUAUCAGUGGCGUUGGUGUAUUCAGUUCUUCUUCUUCUUUCUCCGAGAAAAUUAGUCUUAACUGCGUGUGCUUAUCAGUUAUUAUUAGCGACAAAUAGAAAUACUUAUCCCCAAGUACAUUAAAUCAUAACACAAAAUCACAUAAAAUCAAAUGGCUAACCCCGCUGAAGACUUCUGUUUAAAAUUCUAUGGUCUGGAAGGCGUUACAAUCGCCGAAAGGCGCAAAAACUUUUACAAUUUAUUACACAAGAAUGCAUCGUUGAAGAACAACCCUCAAAUUUUGGACUCACUUUGCACAGCCUUGGAGCCCCAAACCUACCUGGAAAGUCUAUUCAAAGUGGAACUUUUGAUAUUUUUCCGACGAAGCCACGAAUUGCUUCAGUUACUCAAAGAAGGAAACGAUGUUUUUGUGAGCAAAAUUUGCAAACAAGUUUGGUUCUUCCAAGAAUCGUUCAAUAAUGUGCCACCUGAGGAAAUCGUCAAUGAGAUUUUGCCUUGCUUUUCGUUUUGUGUCCGUAUGAAGGUAUUGAGGAAGUUGAGUCGGUAUUCAACUAAGUUUGAUGAGGUAUUUGAGGCAGUUGCCUCACGAUAUGGCAUAUUUAUUGCGCAGCAGUUUAUUACCGGAUGCAGUCCUGCCAAAAUUCGGGAAAGUUUGCAGGUAAAACCUCUGCGGUUAACGUCAACUCAAUUGAGGAUUUUGUACGAGAAAGACCCCGAAUUGAUUGAUUUUUAUUUCACUGUGACCAAAGAUUCAGUAGGGCGAUCUUCAUACAAGAGUUUUUUUAAAUACAUUUUUUUAAAAGAUCGCGUUUUAUAUGAUUGUCUUAAAAAGAAAUUUAAUGAUGUUUGUGUCACACUUGGUCGUCGAGCUAGUAAAAAAUUCGCUGUUGUUAAAAAAGAUGAAAUAAUAAACACACCUUACAGAUUUGAAUAUCUAGACAUGAGGGCGGUUGUUAGAAAAUUGGGUAAAGAAUCUCUUAAGAUAUUUUAUAGUUGGCUACCCGAAUCACCUCCAGACAUACAUUCAGUUAGUUGGUUGUUUAAAAAUUUCCCUCAGCGUUACCAUUAUUCCCUUUUUGUUAAAUCAUUUCAGACGCACUAUAACAUACAAUAUGUUCAUCACCCGAAACUGAUUAAUGAAGCUCUCUUAAAAUUAAUACCAGACAAUUUAGAACGAGCAAUUCUGGCAAAAGUUAAAGUCGAUCAAGGCGAUGAUGAGUUUAUUAUAUAUCUGACAACCAACGAGUCAAUCCCGCUUUUAAAAGAAAAAAUUAAUUUUACUUCAGACAUUUACGAAAGGGGACAACUGAUAAAAUGUUUAAUUGAAACCUGCCGCAUUAAUAAUGACAUAAACGCACUACACACUGUUAUGAAAUAUUUCUGUUUUCGCCAUAAAAAUGACGAGUUUAGUGUCCACAUGGAGUUCAUCAAUAAUAUCGAAUACCUUAUAGGUUUUAAAGAAUUUACGGCCGAAAUGUGGGACACUCUUAACGAACUGUUGGCUUUCCAUUUGUUGAAAUAUAAUGACGACCCUUCCACUUAUCAAAAAAUACAAACUCAGCCUUUGAUGAGUCUUAAUUUAGGAACUUCCUCUCACCAAAAGUUGUCUUAUUUAGAAUUUUUAUUUAAGAAGGGCGAACCGAUUGAUAACCUGAUUUUGGAUUAUUACACGUCCGGUUCAGGUUUUCCAAGCUGGACUAAAUAUGACAAGGAUUUUAGCAAAUAUUUCUUAAAUUGCAUCAUUCAGAAUUUGUCUAAAGAAAAUCUAAAUGAAACUGAUGCUGUGGAUUUUAAUAGUAGAUUGAUUCAAGAAAUUAACUAUUGGAAUAAGGCUCACAAAGAUGAUCAGUUCUCAUUUUAUGAGUUUCCCAAACUAGCACAAACAUUUGAUUUUUUAAUUAAAAAUCCCCAUCUGUCCAGUUAUGAGUACUUAAAGAAGAAUUUAAAAAAGAAAAUUUUUACGUUUGAUAAUAAUCAGUACAAAGACGAAUAUUUGCAAAUUUAUUGGGAACAUUUCGAUGAUUACUACAAUUCUAACGAUCUCGAUUGGUUCUUAAAAUACGACCCUGAAACUUGUGCCAAAAAUUUUGACAAGGUUUUCAAAUCACUUGUCUCAAAAGACACCGAUUCGUUUAAAAAACUUAAAAUCUGGUACAAAAUCAAAAAAUACAACCAAAUGAAUGAAAAAUCUUUUGAGCUUUGUCUUUCCAAAAUAUACGAUGAUAGUUGCCUUGAAAACAAAUCAAAUCUUGUUGCAUGCCUUUCUGUUCUUAUGAACCCCGUUGAUUACGCAAUUUUUGCUGAUAAAUUCAAACCAGCUAAUAAAAAACUCGAUUUGAAAAAUGAGACUGAAGUAAAAUUAUACAAAUUGCAAUGUGCUAUAGCGCAGCAGUUUCGUAAUACGAAAACGUACAAAGUACUCGAUUCUCUACUGAAUUAUUGCGCUGGAGACUACUUUAAAUAUGCCUUGAGGUCACUCAAUAGUAUUAUGUACCGUACCCCCGAAAACUUGCUUCCUCACUACUUGAAUUAUUUAUCGACAAAGGCCGUCUCAGUGCGGAAACAUGCACUUUUCUUCACUUGUGAGUUGUGCACCUCAUCGACUAUCGAAUCUAUGAUUAAGAUAUUGAACACACAGGAGAAUGUUUUGUCGCUGCAGAAGCAAAUUUUCUCUAGUACCUUUCAGUAUUUUUUGAAAAAUCCUUCGGAUUCAGGUUUCGAGUUGGUUAAGUUGAAUAUGCUCUUCAUCAAGAAAACCGAUGAAGAAUCCUUGAAUACUAUGUUACAGUAUGUACGAAAAAUACCACUAAAGUACCAAGCCUCGUACAUACAGUACUGUUGGGAGUUUUUGGAAAAAACUGUUGAUAUUUGGAAGAAGUUGAAACCUAUGAAGGAAAGUUUAUUACUCUCUAUGAACGUAGACAUAAUAAGGCAAAUUUCUUUGGAGUUCGUCAUGAAAAUACUUCAAGAUCACUUUAUGUCCAAGGAAAAAAGCUUCUCCACUUAUAUCUAUGGGUUCGCCUCACUUUUCGUGUCGUUGCGAGACGAGAAAGACCAAAUUUUGCAACAAAUUUUUACUAAUGUUAACCAAUGCGAAAACCAGGAACAAGUGACUGCGUUUAUCGACCACUGGUACGACAGUAUUAUGGAUAAGUCAAGCUUCAACUUGAAGUCGUUUGAGCCUUUUGUCACUUUCUACGAAAGCAAGGUUACAAUGGUGGAAAAUUUCAAAGAUUUUAUAAGGGUAUUCUUUUUGAAAUUAAAAUUGGAGUCAUCGGAAAGUCUCAGCCCGGAUGAAAUGGUCACGAAAAUUAUUGAUUUCUUUCAAAAUAUUGUUACUGAUUGCGGACCUUUUGUUGUUCGCUUGUUUGCACCGGAACUGAAAUCCAAUUUGAAAUAUUUUGAAAGUUAUAAAGCGAAGCGGUUGGAUUAUUACGAGAAAAUGAUAAAAAAUCAUCCAGUUCCUGCAAUGGCAAUUUUACUGUUGGAAGUGCUUUCGGUGCCUAAAAGUUGGGAAAUUUCGGAAAAACGGACUUUAAAACGAAUUAUUGAAGAAAUUAGGAAGAUCGAAGAUGUUGGAGUUCAAAUUAAUUUGCAGCUUAAAUUUAAGAAUUACAAUAAGACGCAUUUCGACGAAAGUAAUUUAUAAUUUUUUUUCAUUUAUGAUUUUUUUUUUCUAAAUGUUUUGUCCAAAAUAUAUUAUAAUUUCUUA